AUGACCGCAAGCUUAAAACGAGUAAAAUUACAGACUUCCAAAGAUGAAACGGCACAAAAAAUAAUUACAUCAAAAACUAAUAAAAAGACUUCCAAGAAUAGGAAAAGCAAUGUCUCUUCCUGGGACCAGUACGACACAAUUCAAACGAUUUCUGAAGUAAACAAUGAAGUUUGGACUUUCAAUGAUAUGGAAAACGCACUCCCUUCCACUUGCCAGUAUAAAAUAAAAUCUGCAGCAAACGCAAACAUUGAAGAAAAGGUAUAUGCAAUUUGCUAUUAUGUUUGA